CGAGGGAGGGAGGCGGCCAGCGAGCGCGGGAGCCAGGCAGGCAGGGCCGGCUGGCUGGCCGGCCGGUGGGAGUCGGGCAGAAGCGGAAGGCGCGCAGGAGGCAGCCGGUGGCGGUGGUCGUGCUGCUGCAGCAGCUGCAACGGGGGCGCCUCCAUCCCUGCCGCCCCCGCUCUCCGGCCUGGCGGGCCCCCAGCCUCCCAACCUCUCGGCCAUGCCGAAUAAAAAGAAGGAGAAAGUGAAUCAGGAACCUCCAAAAGCCGGCAAAAGUGGAAAGAGUAGCAAAGAUGUGCAAGAUAACCUGGACAUUGAGGUCACAGGCAAAAAAUCAAACAGCAUUCCACCUGCCUCGCAAUUAUCUAAAAUCAAAGUACCUCCUCCACAGGCUGCAGUGAAGAAAGAAAAACGGCAGAGUUCUUCGAGGUUUAGUAUAAGCAAUAACAGAGAACUCCAAAAGCUGCCAGCUUUAAAAGAUGUCCCCCCUGCGGAGCAAGAAAAACUCUUUAUUCAGAAGUUGCGACAAUGUUGUGUCCUUUUUGACUUUGUUUCUGAUCCACUAAGUGACCUAAAGUGGAAGGAAGUAAAACGGGCGGCUUUAAGUGAAAUGGUAGAAUACAUCACGCAUAAUCGCAAUGUGAUCACAGAGCCUAUUUACCCCGAAGUAGUACAUAUGUUUGCAGUUAAUAUGUUUCGCACAUUACCACCUUCAUCUAAUCCAACGGGGGCAGAAUUUGACCCAGAGGAGGAUGAACCAACCUUAGAAGCCGCAUGGCCUCAUUUACAGCUUGUUUAUGAAUUUUUCUUAAGGUUUUUAGAAUCUCCAGAUUUCCAACCUAAUAUAGCUAAGAAAUAUAUUGAUCAGAAGUUUGUAUUGCAGCUUUUAGAGCUCUUUGAUAGUGAAGAUCCUCGAGAGAGAGACUUUCUUAAGACGACUCUACACAGAAUAUAUGGGAAAUUCUUAGGUUUAAGAGCUUACAUCAGGAAGCAAAUUAACAAUAUAUUUUAUAGAUUUAUUUAUGAAACAGAACAUCACAACGGCAUAGCAGAAUUACUGGAAAUCUUGGGAAGUAUAAUUAAUGGAUUUGCCUUACCAUUGAAAGAAGAGCACAAAAUCUUCCUUCUUAAGGUGUUAUUACCUUUGCACAAAGUGAAAUCACUCAGUGUCUACCAUCCACAGCUGGCAUACUGUGUAGUUCAGUUUUUAGAAAAGGACAGCACACUCACUGAGCCAGUGGUGAUGGCACUACUCAAAUACUGGCCAAAGACUCACAGUCCAAAAGAAGUUAUGUUUUUAAAUGAAUUAGAAGAAAUUUUAGAUGUUAUCGAACCGUCUGAAUUUGUAAAGGUUAUGGAACCUCUCUUCAGGCAGCUAGCCAAGUGUGUCUCCAGUCCACACUUUCAGGUGGCAGAACGAGCACUGUACUACUGGAAUAAUGAAUAUAUUAUGAGCUUAAUCAGUGACAAUGCAGCAAAGAUUUUGCCCAUCAUGUUUCCAUCCUUGUACCGGAAUUCAAAGACACAUUGGAACAAGACAAUACAUGGUUUGAUUUACAAUGCUCUAAAACUCUUCAUGGAGAUGAACCAAAAACUGUUUGAUGAUUGCACACAGCAAUUUAAAGCAGAAAAACUUAAAGAGAAGCUAAAAAUGAAGGAACGGGAAGAAGCGUGGGUUAAAAUAGAAAAUCUAGCCAAAUCAAACCCGCAGGUAUAUGGGAAAUAUUCAGAGUACUCAGUAUGUAGUGAAACAUGCCUGGUGACCAGUCCUGUUGCAAUGGAAACUGAUGGGCCUUUAAUUGAAGACUUGCAGGUGCUGACAAAGACAGUGAAAGAUGAAGCUUGUAUGGCACAGAAGGAUCAGAAAAAGGAACGUCCUUUGGUGCGGCGCAAGUCAGAACUGCCUCAGGAUAUCUAUACCAUGAAAGCCUUGGAGUCCCAUUGCCGAGCUGACGAGCUAAUAUCGCAUGAUGGGCAUUAGACUCUUCAACUGACAUCUUGUUUGGAGGAAAACCUUUUUCUUUUUCUGGACUCUGUUCCACAGUAGAGAACUUACUUUUUUUGUGCCAUACUGAUCAGUUACACACAAAGUCAAAGCUUUUUUUCCGACCCGAUUCUGUUAGGCAAUAACAAUGACACAGUGUAUGUGCAGCUCAAGAUUAGUAGUUCAAACAAUGGUAAAUUAACUGAUUCUGUAUGCGGAACCUCAGGUUCACUAGGUAUUAAGCAGAGAAAUCUUGAUGCUGUUGGCACAUUACCAAUCAGAUGGGAACAUGCAUUGUUCUUGUAUGAUUAGUGAAAGAUGCAGCGCUUUUGAUGCGGAAAUUGCCAAGCAUUGCUGCUGCUCGGCCUCCUUUUCAUUUCAGGGCUUCUUCAUGUGUUGCAUCCUACUUACAUGAUGUUGGGGGAGGGGGAGUAUGAAACUGUAGUGUUGAUGAUGAUGUUUGCUUCAUGUACACACACAUGAUGAAACUACAGUGGGUUGCCUCUUCUGGUGCAUUGAUGUACAUUCAAGCAAAACACACGUAUACAUGCAAGGCUGUCAUGUGCCAAUCUGUACAGGAGUUGCAUGCUUUUUUCUGUACAAAAUUCUUGCUGCAUAUGCAUAGGGUAGUGUGUGAAACAGCCUACAUUGGAUUUGCAGGAAGUUUUUCUUUGCCAGCUCCACUGACAUAACUGGAGGUUACACAGCAGCAAUACCUAGUUGAUGUGGUCCAUUUUCUCUGUGCCCCCCCCCGCCCAUCCCUUUCCCACUGAUGGCUGGUACUGUGGCAAUACGCAUCUCCAAAAGGAAAAUUCCAAAUUCAUACCUAAUUAAGACGUUUUCCUAAAACACGAGUGCUUUAAAAAUGGCCUCUGCGUUAUCGUCUUGCCUCUUUUUGGCAGCUGGAAAACAUACCAUUGAAUUGUUCUCUCAGCACAGCUUACAGAAUGGUAAUUUUCAUGACAAUCUUCAAUCACGGCUAACUUCUACGAGCUCUGAAAAACAGUUAUCAGAGAGACAGACGCCCUGUCCAAAUACUUCAUAUGGAUUGAAGCCAUAUCUUCCAGUCCUUAGCAUGUAAUACAAAAUGUAUAUUUUGGAACUGAGCUGAUUGGAUACUUUGCUUUGCUUUUUAAAAAAUGCACAUUUUCGGCCAUGACUCAAAAUUAAUUGCAUUUUUAAAGUCAUUGGAUUCCUUUUUUUUGUUUGUUUAUUUUUUGAAAUAUUUUUUUUGAUUUACCAAAAUAACUUCACAAGAUUUUUUUUCUCCCUCCCUUCCUCAAGCUUUUACCACAUGACAUAUUUUGGGUUCUAAUUGUUCCUGUCACAGACAUCAUGAGACUAGCUAUUUUGGAUUAGUACAUUUUUUUCCUCUGGACAAUAUAAUGUAAAUUAUUUUUUUUAAUAUGUCUGAAAGAUUUCUGGAUACAUUCUGCAUUUUAAAUGCCUCUUAAGAUCUGAGAGAGAAGUGACAGUAGCUUUGUCAUCAAUUUUUUUAUGUUGUCAAAAGCACAUGUGAUGCAUAUACACCUCACACAAAACGAAAACACAUCUGAGUUGCUGUUAAUCUUCAAAUGCUGCUCUAUAUUCCACAAGAUGACUUUGCGUGUUACGAACUCUUUUUUUCAUUGUUGUAGAUGACAGAGCAUGAAAACCAAUUUUAAGUGCUUUAUCUUCAAACAUUUGAUUUCUCUCAGGGUGGCCAGUAUUUUAGAUUUUCUUAAUCCCGUUGAAGAACUUUUACUUACAAGUUUUAUUUAAAAUGGGUGACUUGUUUCUUUUGUCUCUGAGAGUAAUAUCAUUCAGUAUCUUGGUGCAGAAAAGUUAAACAUGUAGGUUCUUCAAAAUAGUUUUUUAAAAGAAAUGAGGUCUCUUUAAUCCAUAAAAAUUAUUGUGCAAAACAGGCAUUUAGAGUAACCUUGUGCAGAUGUUGUGCCUGCCGUGUCUGGUCUCACUUAAAAUGUCCAAUAUUUAUUGCAAAGCUUUGGAAAGAAAAUCACAAUGGGUGGGAUGAGGAUUACUAUUAAAACAAAAUGAAAUUUUAAGACUACUCCAGACUUCAAGUAAAAUAUCCACUCGGUGUGAAAAUUCCUGUUAAACUUGAAAAUAAAUAUGCUUUACUAUAAUGAAAAAACUAUAAUUAAAGCAGUUUAAAGAUGUCUUCCCCUUUUUUUGAUGGGGGGAAAGGGUGCUUUUAUAGUUGCAUAAAGCAAUGUCUAUAUGUAUUUUGAUAUACCAUUGUUUGAACUUCCAUCUUUAGCUAACAGCUUAUCAAAUAUCUUUUUUAUAAUUUGGCUGUUCAGUAGGUUCAUGAAAGAGGUUUCUGGGAAGAAGCACUCUAAUUUUAUCCUGCAGAAAAGUGGGGGGAAAGGGGGAAAUAUUGUAUAUCAAUGUUUGGUUGACUGUGUAACGCUCAACGUAUAAGAUCUUUCACUGUCUAGAUUUUAUUUUUGCUCUUUACUGAAGAUAAACAUUCACCAAAAAGCAAAGGUUCUUGGAUAUAGCUAGAAAAAUUAUGCCAUGACAAUUGCUCUUGAGAUUUAGGCCAGUUGGCAAACUUUGCCUAAGCAAUAUUCUAAAAAUUUAGCAGCACUAAUUGUUUGGCUUGUUUGUUAUCACCAUUUUACACUCUGUAGAAGUUCUGUAUUAAAUUAUUCUUUAAAAAAAACUAAUACAUCCAAAAUAAAAAUGUGCAAAUACAGUACAGUUUUGGUGACUGUUGUUCUUCAUAAAGUUCAGUGUUCGCCACUUCCCAUCUUCUCCAAAAUUACACCUGUACAUCAGGAAUGUCAAAAAAUAUUACAAGUGUCUUUUUUAUUUUUUGGUGUGGCUUUAGUAUGGCUUCAUUUUAAUAUUGUACAUACAUUGUACUUUGUUUUAUUGUAAUGAGUAAUAAAAAUGUAGACUUCA